AUGCCACGCAAACAGAAAAAAAAGGUGCCGGCGAAGGUAAGAUUUUGCUAAUUGCUCUGUAGAAGCAAAUUAAUUCCUUUCAGACUCUCUAUCAGUGCCCUCUCUGCCCAAAAAAGUUCCAUAGAGGAUGCGGAUUGGCAAGUCACCUGCGCAGACACGCGCCCGUUGUCAUCAAGUGCCCCCAAUGCAACUAUUCGUGCAAGCACAAGCACGCAUUCGAUCGUCACGUGAACACGACGCAUGGAGCCGCUAGAUCUCGACCACGACGAGGUGUCGCGGCGGAUUCUAACGACGAGGAGCCUGAAGACGAAAGCAAGGAAGAUGAGGAAGAAGAAGAGGGAGAGGACCUGGAAGAAUUGGAGAAGGAGGAUGAACAGGAAGAAGAGCCUGAGGAAGGGGACGACGUUGAAGAUGAAGAAGAAGAUGAGGAUGACGACGAAGAAAUGCCGGUGCUUGUCCGUGAGGCCACCCCGAUCAGCGAUCCAUCUCCGCCGCCGACGCCAACGUUCGCGCCGACGUCAGCCAUCACGUCGACGACGAUCACGCCGACGACGAGGAGAACUGCGGCAUCGACGGCGAUUGCGACUACAAAGCCGACAACGAAAACGACGCCGACGCUGAUGCCAACGACCGCGCCGACAACAAGGAGGACUGCCGCAUCGACGACGACUUCUAGGGAAACGCCAACGACGACCAUGCCGACCACGAUCAGGACUGCGACAUCGACGACGAUUGUGACUACGGCGCCGACGCCGAAGACCACGCCGACGAUGACGACGACAAAGACGGCAAUGCCAACGGCGACCACCGUGCUGACGACGACUAUGGCUACGCCUACGACAACGACAAAGAAAGAGGAAGUCUCGACAACUCCAGAGUCUAAGGCGACUCCGCUCCCGUACGAUUGUCUGUUGUGUCAGAAUAGAUUCGAAACCAGACAGCGAAUGGCGUACCACAUCCAAUGUCAUCGAUACACUGAGCAGAACAACCACAAGGACAGCAAAGCCUACGCCAAGACUUCGGGCCCACCAAAGGUUAGUGAUCAACCGACACAUUCAGUUUUCCAAUUAUCAAAUUCCAAUUUCAGUUCGGUUUUCCAACUGGCUCACGGCUUGUUGUCAAGUGGCGUUUGAACGUGGAAUGCCGUCCGAUCCCACAGAGACGGGCACUGCUCUGGCGACAGAUGGAGGAGAACUUCGGAUGUACGAUCGAUCGAACCAACAAGUUCAAGGAAAACUAUAAAACCAGGUACUACAUACACAGCAAUAUCGUUGGCAAUACUUUGAACGUUUAGAAAUGGUGAGCUCGGUCCAAAGCGUGCAAAGGUUGAGCCAGGUGCUCCGCAGCCUAUUGUGAAGUUCAAGAAGAUGACGAUGAAGGGAGGAAUUCUGUUUGCCAGAAAGAUCGUCUACGCGAACCAGCACUAUUACUACUGCCCGAAAUGCCCAUACACAACUUGGAAUGUAUCGGCGGCAUGGCGCCACUUUCGUCAUCACGUCGUGAGAUCGAAACAGACAUACCGUUGCUGCAGUUGCCAUUACGACACAAUCCAUAUCAGACACAUUCAACAUCACGUGAGACUGCAUCAAACGGACAAGGAGACGGCGGCAGAGGUAAACUUUCAUGCAAUUUGAAAUCAUUCAUCCAAUUUUUUUUCCAGUUCUUGAGAUGGCUCAGCUAUGAGAGAAAGGUCAACAAAUGGGAUUUGAGUGGAGCUCUGGGAACUGACAAAGAGCAGACACCGGAUAAGAACGAGCCAGGACCGAGCACUGCCCCAGCCCCACCGAUCUUUCCGCCUCUCAGUCCGAUCAGAGCCCGGACUAGUAGCAUCAAAAAGGAAGAGGUCAGCUCGCCAGCUCCUAACCUUGGUCCCGCUUUCUCACCGGUUCCGAAGCUUGAAGCUCAUUCGUCUGCAUCGAGAACUGCCAAUGAAGACCUGUUCGAAUACACUGGAGCCAGCACCAGUUCGAUGAGCAACCGCCCUCAAUCUGCCAGCAGAAAUCAAGGAAAAAAACGAACUAUUAGAGAUACUCUUCCUGGCGAGAAGCUCAAUUCCAGCGCAACUGCAUCAAAACCAAGCUAUGACAAAGAUGCAGCUUCCACGAGUAAGAUGACAACCAGAAGAUCGUUCAUGGAAUCGGCCAAGUCCAUCCCACUUACUGCACCAUUGGCGCCUCUUCCAACUAUCGCUGGACCUCACUUCAAGCCCACAACUUCGGGAUCAGGACCGUUGACUCUUGCAUCUGUGAAGGGAGAACAAUCCAGUCUAUCAGGCAUAAGAAGAAGGCUCACAGGUCAAUCAGCAGCGAAGACUCAGUUUCCGGCCUCGCAUGCAGCGCUUUCCUCUCCGUCGGAACUUGUUCAAUCUGGUCCACUGGUCAUGAUGUUCCCAGUGAAGUAUACCACUCCAACCACCCGAAGCAAGUCGUCCCAACGGGCCACGCCCAAACCUUUUGCGACAUCUUCGCCACUCAUUGCGACAUCUUCGCCACUCACUAGAGCGUCUGCAGCCGCUGGAUCAACACUUGUGAAGUCCGAUUUUCCCGGAUCGUCUUCGGCCAAACCAGCCCAGUCUGCAACAUGUUUGAAGCCAUUGGAACCCGGAGCACCUGUUACCAGAACCACUUCUGAAGAUGUCAAGUUUGCGCAGACUGGACCAUUGAUCGUCAAGACCCCUACAACAGAGAAGGAAGAAGGCUCAUCGCGCUCGAAUAUCGCCGAGAUCAGCUCUUCGUCGUCUCCGUUCAGGACCACUCGAUCCAUGCGUUCUUCCACUAAGCUUGCCGAGUCAUUUCCUGAAGACAAGAAGAAGUCAAAGCUAAUCGUCAACAAGGCUCAAUCCACAAUCGAGCGGCUCUCCAAGGCAGUUGCAGCAACGGAUCUGAUGCUUGGAAGAUCUGGGACUUCUGCUCAGUCGAAUGCAAAGCCCGGAACGGCUCCUGUACCGUCUAAAGCUGGAUCGUCGUCAGAGCUGCUUUCGAAGCCAAUGGAUUACUCGAACUUGAAGUCCGAGCACUUGAUCAAACCAAAAUUGCUACCAGGAGAGUGUUCCGAGGAAUCGCGUCCGAAAUCUGGACCUCUGAUCCUCGAACUGUCCACAAGUAGCAAAGAUGCUGAAACGUUGUCACAGGUCCCAGCGUCUGUUCAGUUCUCUUCUAAAGUCCGAUCUUCCGCCCAAUCGGCACCGAAGAGAGAGUCGUCGCUGCAAAAAUUGGCGACCAACGGAUGUGCUGACAACGAUGGCUUAAAAAUCAUCCAAUCGUCUAGCAAGAUCGGGACUUCUAAGGAGCCUGCACUCAAGAAGACUAUCCCACCUAUUUUCAAGAACGGACCUUCUGUACAACAGCCUGGAUCUUCCAUUCAAUCCAAUCUCAAGAAAGAUCAGCCUGGGUCUUCCACUCAAUCCAAUUUCGAUAAAUAUCAACCUGGAUCUUUUGCUCAAUCUAUUUUCAAGAGCAAUCAACCUGGAACUUCUGCUCAAUCCAAUUUCGAGAGAGAUCAACUUGAUUCUGACUAUCAGUACAUUUUCAAGAGGAAUCCACCUGGAUCCGACUACCCAUCCAUUUUCAAAAGGCAUCAACGUGGAAUUUCCCUUCAACCAAUUUCCAAGAAAGAUCAACCUGGUUCUUCCUCUCAAUCCAUUUUCAAGAGGGAUCAGCCAGAAAUGAAGUGUGGAAUUCUAUCCGGAGAGUCCUUGAAGCAAGCGCUCACGAUUCCACCUUUCAAUGGCAAAUCUGCGCCGUCCACAUCUGCUCAAAAACAGCCAACAAUUUCUUCUUCGUCUUCAGCAAAGCCAGCUCCGUUGGAAGCACCCGUGAUUCAGAGUCGGCCUCUAACGCAUCUCGAAAGGCCCAUUCUUCCGAAAAUGCCAUCAAGAAGCAAAUUCCGUUGGUUGAAAACGAGCAAAUAUGGUUUCAAAGUCCCGCGUGAUCCAGAAGAAAUCGAGGAAUUGUAUGAGGAAGCAAUGGAGGAGUACGAAUCCCUGCUCAAGAUUUACAAGGCUCACUUUCAAACACCGGCCUACAAGAAACUGAGCCCAGAGUGUAAGGCGCAGUUCGGAAGGAACAACCCGAGGGAAUAUCUCGCAAAGGAGCUUCCAGCUGAGAGUCAGUUGUCCAGUUUGUUGUUUCGAAAACCUAAUUUUUAUUUUUUCAGAAUCCGGCCAAUGUCCUGACUGCCCUUACCACGAGCACAAAGACCUCGAGAAGUUCCGUCUUCAUCGCGAUCGUCACUACUAUGUCGCAUCGCAAAAGUGCAAGGAAUGCAACUUCCAAUCGCCGAAUCCCCACGAAGUCAUGGAUCACAUGUUCAUCGAUCACUACCUGAACGACGUGCGGGCGGUGGAAGGCAUCUCGUCUUCCGAAUCGGAGCCGGAGGAAGUGGCGCCGCCGCCAGAGAAGAGAAGACGCGGUGGUGGAAGAGGCCGAGGAAGACGUGGACGGCGCCGUGCCAACUGGUAG